AGCCAGGAUGGUCUCGAUCUCCUGACCUCGUGAUCCGCCCGUCUCGGCCUCCCAAAGUGCUGGGAUUACAGGCUUGAGCCACCGCGCCCGGCCUCGUAGUAUCUAUACCUUCAGAGGGAUGGGCCGGGCCAGGAAGGUGAGUCUGGCUUCUGAGCUGGGUCUCCCCCAGGACCUUCCACUGACGGCAUGACAGGGAGUGGGAGCAGGCACCUGCCGCCUCAGGACCUGUGUCUACAUGAAACAGGAAUGAGCAGCGGACACCAGGACUCCAAGAUGGCGUCAGUCAUAUCAGUGAAGGACAAGAAACUUCUGGAGGUCAAACUAGGGGAGCUGCCAAGCUGGAUCUUGAUGCGGGACUUCAGCCCUAGUGGCAUUUUCAGAGCGUUUCAAAGAGGUUACUACUGGUACUACAAGUACAUUGACGUGAGGAAAGGGAGCAUCUCAGGGGUUACCAUGGUGCUGGCAUGCUAUGUGCUCUUCAGCUACUGCCUUUCCUACAAGCAUCUUAAGCGCGAGCGGCUACGCAAAUACUACUGAAGAGGACACGCUCUGCAUCCCCCCACCCCGUGACCUUGGCCUGAGCCCUUCCGUGAGGAACACAAUCUUGAUUGUUGCUGAAUCCUUUCAUAUCCUGAUGGGAAUUAACCUCCAAAUAAAAGAUGACUGUUAAAAAAAAAAAUAACUUCACAAAUAUUCUCAGGGGCCUUGCCAGUUUCUGACAUGAAGUACACGCUGGUGGGAGAUGGUAUAGAGAGAUUUUGUUUCUCUCCUAGAUGGGCAGCAUUGAUGGGCACAGGCCCUGGGAAGGGGAACAUAUGGCCUGGGUCACUGGGAGAUGGCAGAGCUCCUAAGGAAAUCGGCCACUGCCAGAAGGGUGGCCUUCUCUGAGCUGGGCUGUCUUACUCUUAAAGCAGCUCCAGAAUUGUCCAGCCCCAGAAAAGGGCUGAGAAUCCAAGCACCAGGAUUUUGGAUGGAACCUGGCUUAGGUGAGCUGUUCUCAUCCUUGCCCACAUCUAAGGAUCUAGUACUAAGGAUCAAGUACUAGAUCUAGAGCAGGCUGGAGGCUGCUCCCUCUCUCCUCCCCACAGGAAUAGGCAAUUCCUAAAGAGUCAUGAAGAAGGACCCCGUUCUCCAGGCUCUGCUCCCAGCCCUGGUGCCACCACCAACUGGCUAAGGGAACUGGAGCGGUUCCUAACUUUGUGGAACCUGUUUCCAGUGUAGAAAAGCAUCUAGGGUAGCAGGCACAAUGAAGUAUCCUGUGUUGAUGGGAUGGAUAGGUGGUCAAGAAGGGGCACCAGGACAGUUAUGUCCAUCGGAGGCUGUCACUGUAAGGAGGACCAAUCAUUUCUUGGAGUCUGUAAGAGCUGGGCCACUCCCAUUCUCUCCAUCUGAAAAGGGACCCCAGAAACCAAGCAAGCUAGGAGCAGGCAGAAGGCUGUUAUAUAUCAUGCUUUUAAUACAAACUUAAAAAAUCUGGAACAAUAGAAACUGUACAGAUUUGAUCAAUCUUUUUGUUUUGUUUUUAAACUAAAAUCUCUAAACACACCAAUGUCCCAUUCCAAAAUAUUGCACAACAUUCUGAAUACAAAACCCUUGAUUGUAUUCCUCCUUCACUAAAGAAAAAAGUUCAUGACCCUGCUCCCCGGGCUCCUCUCCAGGCUUGCCUCAAUGCCCCCUUCCCAUCCCUAGGGAGAAAACUAGAGAAUCUAUAACUCACUGCAUUGAGAAAAAGACAUCAUUCUGGACUAACGGUUUCCAUUCUUCACAAGAUAAUCCACCUUUUGAUUUGUUCCUGGGAAAGAGGGAUAGAGGAUGGGGAAAGGGGAGAAAAGGUUUUAUUCUCCUCUUUUUUUUAAAGUUUGUUUUUCCUGAAAAAAUAUGUUUCUCUCAUCUU